GAUCCUUAUCUCUUUCCUCUUUUGGUUUUGUGGAAGAACGCGAGAGAGAGAGAGAGAGAGAGAGAGAGAGAUGAAGAUGAAGAAGAAGGACCUUGCAUCAUCGGCGCCAUGGAGGGGCGAGGAGGAGCCUGGCAAGUUCGACGAUGCCAAGCUGAAGGUCACUAGCCAACCCGGCGAGACUUCCACCAUGCACGUCCCUCGCAAGCGCUCCGUCUCUUCCAAGUUCGACCUCAGCGACGAGCCCGAGAUCGACCCCGAGCUCCGCUACAGCUUCCAUCGAAACGCCCAGUUUCUCCGCCGAGUCUUCAGCAUAGACACCCUUGUCAAGCCUCUGCCUCCAACAAUGCAAUACAAUGUCUCACGGAAUCUGAGUUUUUUCACUCGAAUUUUCACACAAUUUUUUGAUCCGGAGGGAAUUUCUAAUGCACAGAAAUCACUUGGGUUGGGACAAGAAGAGAAAGCCCGUCGUGUUGGUUGAACCCCACCCUUUCUUUAGGUUCUGUCAGUGGAUCAUUUCGUUUCACAUCAACCUUAUCAAAUAUUCUGUUUUUGUCAUGUAUUUCCAGUUGACUAUCAGUUUACAAUAACAUUCUGGUUGUUGUUUUCCAUA